AUGGUCGACGAGUUCGUGGCGAUCAAGACGGACACGCAGGGCAUCGACAAGUACACGAAGGCCGCCUUUGACGCCAACCCCGAGAAGAAUCGCUAUAAAGGACUUUUGGCGUAUGAUGUGGCAAGAAAAGUGUCGUUCGAUCGUGAUGCUGUGCAACCUGGAGGGGACCACGAUAGACUCGGGCCCGGUGAGCGUCAAGUGCCUGUCGAUCCAGGACGUGGAAGAGGUGCUGACGUUGACGCGACUCGAGCUGACCACCGCCGAGUCGAAGGACACGCCGAUUGUCGAGCAUGGUGCUGGAACAAUUGGCCGGAUCGUGGCGUGCCGCCCAACUUCCUCGCCUGCCUCCGUCUCAUCAAUCGCGUCAUGGAUUUGACGCCGAUCGUCGUGCACUGCUCGGCCGGUAUCGGGAGCACCGGGACGAUCUUCGGCCUGGAAGUGAUCAUGGCUCGUCUUCAAAAGGGCGAGAAUUGCACCGUGGACAAGGCGGUUCGCGAGCUGCGCGAUGCUCGUCACGGCGGUGUUCAGAUGGACAUUCAAUACGUCUACAUCGCGCACGUGCUCAUCGCUUUGACUGAGAACAAGAAGCUGGCGACGAAGGAUGAGCUGCGCGAUUGGCUGGCCGGCUACGAGACGCUGUGCAAGGCUCGCGGAUGC